GAUCACGAAGGAGCCUCGUGGCUUUCUGCUCUACACAUUUGUCUAAUUGCGGGGAAGGUUCACACGUGGAGUACCGUUCAAUUGUCCAUCCAUGAGUUUUAAACGGCCUCCUUUCAAUAAUUUACUGAAGAUAGACACGGUCACAACUGCAGGGACAGAGCGGACGUAUGUAUUCACAGAAUAAGGUCAACCGUUCUUGAAGGAUGGAGAACACGACUUCCUCGUGGUCCAAUGGCACAGACGUGGACGACAUUCCCCAGUAUAUCGGCUUCAUCUGCUGUGGGAUAGCGUCCAUCAUGUUCGGCACUAACUUCGUACCAGUCAAGAAGUUCGAGACUGGUGAUGGAAUGUAUUUCCAGUGGGUGUUGAGUAAUGCCAUCAUCAUGUCGGCUAUAGUGGUACAGACGAUACGGCUGUCACGAUUUUACCCGUUCGUCAUGGUCGGGGGCAUCUUAUGGGCCACAGGAAACAUCUGUGUCGUCCCCAUCGUGAAGACCAUCGGCCUUGGUCUCGGUAUCUGUGUCUGGGGCUCUGCGCAGUUGCUCGUCGGCUGGGCCAACGGCAGGUUCGGACUGGUGGGCGUCGAAGCAGAGAUUCCCAACAACCUCGCCAUGAACUACGCCGGGGUGUCUAUCUCUCUCGUCAGUACCGUGAUGUACGCUUUUGUCAAGCCAGAUAUUAAACCUAUCACCAUGGACAUAACAAUACCAGCACCUGACGCCGAGUCGGCGAACAGUAAGUCGCCCAAAGUCGUUGAACUGACUGACAUGGAAGAAAAUCCACCCGUGAAACCGUCCCCCGGAGAGUUCAUCCUAGAAAGAUGGUCGCCUGCCAAGAAGAAGAUCGUAGGGAUUAUUCUCGCUGCGUUUUCGGGGGUGAUGUACGCCUUUCAGUUCAUCCCGGCCAGAUACAUACAGCAGCAAUACAGAGACAACGGCGCCAGCCAGAACUCACUCGACUAUGUGUUCGCUCACUACUGCGGUAUCUACCUCACCUCCACCCUCUACUUCAUCAUCUACGCUCUCUUCCGGCGCAACCAGCCCAAGGUGUUCCCUCGGGUGAUCGUCCCGGGCAUAGUGUCAGGCUUGAUGUGGGGGGUUGGCACGGCCUCGUGGUUCAUCGCUAACAAGUCUCUGUCAGACCCCGUCUCCUUCCCCAUCAUCUCUACAGUGCCUAUGGGAAUCUCUCUUCUGAUUGGAAUAGUGGCCUUCAAGGAGAUCAAGGGUUGUCGCAACAUCAGCAUCGUUGCCGUCGCAAUGACGCUCACCAUAGUUGGGGCAGUAGUGGCUGGCCUCUCAAAGACGUGAUCCCCAGACAGCCACGUCUGAUGUUGGGAGGCAUGAAUACUCAGACUACAACGAAUCACGUGAUGCCGCCUGAAGGGGCUGUACGCGUUGACAACAUUCGGCACACUCUAUUACCAUUUACACAGUCUCAUUAAAAUCAGAUAUUAGUGCUCGGUACCACUAUACAAAGAUGUAAGGGCAUCCUAUUCCAGGUCACAUCAGGACCCUCUUUCCCGAACUUUGACCUAUCAGUGAAAUGACCAACAGGAACUCGACCCUAGCCAAUCAGAAAGCAGCUCUCUCUUCGGCACUAGUUACAAAAUGGCGACUUGCUUUCACGACUAUACUUAUUUUUCAGGGCUACAUAUUUUGACAAUUUCAAAAUUUGAAAACAGAACACUGGAAAAUUCUGGAAUGUCUAAGGGAUGGCAGAGAUUGUAUAGCAGUAUUAUAUGGCUAUGGAAAGUCCCUUCCGUUCCAAAUGUUUGUCCUAUUACAGCCAGUAAAGGUCGUUCGGAAUGUCUCGAGUUCACCUUUUCGAGGUUACAUGACUAGAAAUUAAGCGAUGCUCUGAUCGGUUGGCUGAAAGGUCAUUUUGAUCUGACCAGAACACACUGGGAUUUCCUCAGAUCUUUGCGUAGCGGCAGCGAGAAUGAGUGAGUAUGGUUUCACGCCGCUUUUAGCAAUAUUGAAGCAAUAUCAGAAAUGGACUUCACACAUUGUACCCAUGUCGGGAAUCGAUCUCGGGUCUUCGACGUGACGAGCGAACGCUUUAGACACUUGGCUACCCGACCGCCCUGCGGUAGCGAGAACUGAGAUCUCAAUUUAAUGAGACUGCUGUGUUUUUAACCAGACAAUGUAAACAGUGGGAAACUUUCAUUUAAAAUAUAAUAUCGUGGCGCAAAGAAAAUGUUGGGCCUCAGAGCAGAUUGUUGUUAAAUCGUGAGGGAACUAUUGUUGAGUCACAAACUGAUUGUUAUUAAAUCGUAAGAGGACUUGUUGCAUCACGAAAAUAUUGAUUUUACACCUUGAACAGAUUGUUGUUACAUCACUAUCAGUAUGUUGUUAAAUCACUAUCAGUAUGUUGUUAAAUCACGAACGGAAUGCUGUUAAAUCGUAAUCAAACGCCGAGACACAAUGGACUGUUCAAAGAUUCAUUGCCUUAUAUUGUUAGAACAUUACUCUAACAGUUUUGAAAUCAUGAUUAUGUUUUGUGUAUAAUACCAUAUUGUUUUAUGUAUAAUACCUUAUUGAUUGCGUUAGCGUCAGUGUGAUUAACUAUUGUUUUCCUUAAUAUUAGUGUUGCGUUAUCCCAGUAAUGGAGAUCAAUUUAUAUAACACCAUGACGUCGGACCAUUAUGAUUAAGAAAGUAUACUUUAGCGUAGGAUGUUAGCGCCCUUGAUCUGCAUCUUAACAUACAGACGAAUGUAAAAUGAUACUGGUGAUGAAUUUGUGGUUCAAACGAUAAUUGUUGAAUAUGUCAAGUGUGAAUAAAUAUAAGGGAUGAUA